GCUUUUUAUCAUUCUCAUAAUAGUUUAUUUGAGGCUAAUUUUGAGCAUCAUUGGGCGGAAUUUAUUGCGUUUCUUGAACCAUUUCCUAAAGCUUUUCGCUAUGCACUUAAAACACUUUAUCCUACGCGUCAUAGCUGGGCCAUAUGUUAUACACAAACAUGUUUCACAGCUGUUGAUACAAUACAAAAUCGUCUAAAUGAGGAAACACAUUAUGCACAAAUAAAUGAACAAAAGAAUAUAAAUCCUACUAUUGGAUUACCUCAUGUUGCAAGUUAUUAUUUUCCAGCCAUUGAUUCCUUACUCCGAGAGUACUUAACUCUACAUGUUCUUUCGCUUCAAAGGCAGCAACUUUCCGAAAGCUUCCUUUAUGAUGCUGCUGAACUUUCUAUUGAGUGGGACAAUUUUUUUUCAGAACCUGAGAAUAUUAUAGAUAAUGGAUGUCGUGAAGAUAAUUAUGAGCAGCUUCAGAUAGGUCUCAAAUCCUUAUUGCAAAACUUAAGAAGAGAAUAUGUUGAACAGAUAAAUAAUGAUGAUCUUAUUGCAACACUUCAACCUAUUAGACUAUGUGGUGAAACUAAUCAACCAUUAUCAUUUAAUAAUGUUAGCAAUGUAAUUAAUUUUGGAUAUUUGUCUCAAUUUCGUGCUCCUAAUGCAUUUACUCCUGCCUUGAAAAAAUCAAUUAGUGAAAAGACACGUUGGGCUAAAGGAUAUGAAAUGUCUAAAAAAGCAUUAAAUUUAAUGAUACGUCUCAAUUGUGAUGAUGAAUUUUAUAAAAUAAUGGAGGAGUUCAUUUCUUCCAAAGCACGAAAGUUGCAACUUUUAGAGGAGGAUAAUAAUGAUAAAAAUAAUGUUAAAUCUCAUGAAUCUGUUGUAGUCAUCAAUCCAAUUGUAACUAAGCGUCGUGGACGCCCACCAAAACAACGAUUCAAGGGUGUAUUGGAAGAUAUUAGUAAUGUAUAUCAAAAUCGAGAUAGACUUAAUACUAAUAAUACACAGAAAAAAAGACAAAAUAAAUGUGCUAAUUGUGGAAGUUAUGGUCACAAU